AUGCUGACCAGGCUAGUGUUCAAAGGUGCAACAGAAACAAUAUCGAAGACAAUGCCCUUACGUGUCCCGCAGAUAAGUUCUCGCUCCAUCACCACCACACCAUCGUUGGCAUUCAGAGUCGGUGGUUUUGGCGUUCGCGCGAAAGUAUUCGAAAAACAUGUCCAUGCAAAUCCUCAAAAUACGACUAGUGUCAGUAAAAUAUCAUAUAUUUCUUAUGGAGUAUUAACUGCAACUUUCGCUACUAUUGGUUGGUAUGUUUAUCAGGAGAGACUACGCCAUAAGAUAGAAACCCCCCCAGAGACGAGUGAGGAAAUCACAACGGUUUUAAGGAAAAAUGAGACUUCGCAACCGAUCAAUAAUACCAAAUGGCGUCUUGAGACAAACCAAAUACGUUCCAACAAUCCUUGCGAAGACGUAUGUACGACUAAAAUCUAUCAUACUAACAGCGGAAAUACUCGAUUCUAUGUCGGAUUAUACGACGGACAUGCUGGUUGGCAGUGUUCGCAACGGCUGGGAUCAGAUCUUAUCCCGCGGGUGGAUUCGGAAAUCGAUAAAAUCAGCAAAGAUAUUUUACCGACUCCCGACGGACCCCAGGAAGUAAUUGGAGCAAUUGAGAGAGCGUUUGUAAAUUUCGACCGUGAAAUUUCAAUAGAAGCUAUAAAACGAGCAGUCGACAAAAAACCUGCAGAUAAACGAUGUUUCUCGGAUCUUUUGACCGCUAUGUCAGGGUCUUGUGCAAUAUUGGCUUACAUAGACGUGAAUAAUAAGGACUUGUAUAUUGCAUGCAGCGGAGAUUCGCGGGCUGUUCUCGGUAGAAGACAAGGUGGAAAGUGGACUACAUUGCCCUUGAGCUUCGAUAUGACUGGGAGUGAAUUGCGAGAAGUAGAAAGAUUACAAGCUGAACACCCAGGAGAAGAUGUUAUAUUUAAAGGAAGGGUGUUUGGUGGUUUAAUGCCGACGAGAGCAUUUGGUGAUGCAAGGUAUAAAUGGGACCUUGAUCUUCAAAGUAAAGUCAAUGAUGCAUUUCCAGCAUUAGCGCGUGAACCACCUGGCGGUUUAUUAUAUAAAACACCGCCUUAUGUUACUGCGAGACCUGAUGUAAAACAUAUCAAAAUUACACCCGACGACAAGUUUUUAGUUAUAGCAACUGAUGGUCUCUGGGACAGCAUGUCAUCUGAAGAUGCUGUCGCUCUUGUCGCUGGAUUAAUGGAUGUGAGUUCUCGAAAUGAAGAUAAGCAAAAAAUUUAUGUUGAUCAACAUACAGGAACUCAUUUGAUAAGGAAUGCUUUGGGAGGUUCUGAUGAACAUAGCUUGAAGACAUUGCUAACUGUUCCUCCACCUAUGUCGCGGAGGUAUCGCGAUGAUAUAACCAUUGCCGUAGUGAUUUUUGAUUAG